UAAUCGAAAGUCAGACUGCCGCGGACCGCCGCCGCGACCGGCGUCGCGUCGUUUCGCGUGGGAAUUCCCCGUCAUUUCUCGCGGCAGGAAGGUAAAUCGGAGUCAUUUUUGUGUUUUCUUGCCUUUCGAGACGAGAACAGGGAGGAAUAAACAGUGCGCGAUUGAUUUUGCCGAUUGUCAUCUCUCGCCGAUUCCGUGAGAUUAUGCGGUGAAUAUCUUAUGAUCUUAUCUGGAUGGAUCAGAAGAAUGCGAUGCUUAGCAGCAUAUUAAUAUCUUAAAGUAAUGACCUGAAAAUAAUUUGAAGCAACUUGAAGAAUUUCUUUUGUGUCCCGAAUAGCUGUCAACGUGUCUGCAGUCUCUCAAAUUUACAUACAGAUUGAUAACACCAGCUAAAAAGCAUCAUGCUCGAUCAACAAAAUUGAUCCAGAAGGGGUCCCGGAGCUUCAGAAACUGUCAAAUCCGCUCAUCGAAGAUUGACAGCGUCUUCAAUAAAGAUUCGGAGGAGCGUGACCUUGAGACCCAAUCCGACCGACCCCAACUGUCCGACUAGUCAGCGAGGAGGUAGCGAAGAAGGGUCUCUCCCGAGCGGACGAAAGAGAACAAGAGAUUGGGUGGACACGUGACACGGGCAACGUAGACGACGGAAACGUCGUGUUCAGAGCAGUGCCGUAGUAACGUGGCCCAGGGAGGAGCCCAGGGUAUAUGCGCGGCGUAUUAAUAGCCAAGUAUAGCGCGGUGGUGGUGGGGCCGCGGGCGCUCGCGGGUGAAAAUAGAAAAGAAUGUUUUUGGAAUCCAAUUGGACUUGGUUGGCAGAACGAUGGGGCAAUAUGGCCGACUUGGCCGAGCGGAUGGACGAUCUGAUAUGCAGUUUCGACUCGGCUGGUGAAACUACCAUGGAUACGCUGUCGAUGCUGAUAUUUGGCUGGAUGCUCUUCGGCCUGGUGGUACUGUGCGUCGGCAAAUAUGUGUACAAUCGCUUCGUGCUCAACGACCUCGCGUCCUCCGGCACCACGUCCUCCUCGUCGGCGGCGCAGCAGCUCGGCAAAGACAGCCAUGUCCAUCACGAGAGCGGAGGUGGCGGUAUGUUGACGGGCACCGUCGGCAAACUAUUCGACAGGUCCAAGUCGGCGUCGCCGCCCUCGACGUCCACGUCGUCCUCGACGUCCCUCGUGAGGGCUGGCACAGGUGGUGCAGGUGGUGGUACCACCGCCGGUGGUGCUGUUGGUACCGCUAGUACGGCUGGUGGCGGUGCUGCUGCUGGCGGCGGCGGUGGUGGUGGUGGAAGUGGUGGAAGUGGUGCUGGUACCGGCGCUCCGGCGGGUGUGAGAUCACCGUCGCCGGGAGGUUACGUGCCGCCGACACCUCCCGUGAGGAAACGCCUGACGAGGAAGACCUCCGGCGCUCUCAUCAGCCCGUCCCGAAGCUCCAGGGCGCUGCAUCUGCCAACCGCGACCGGCCCCGACGCCGAGGCCGUGCGUUGGGUCAACGAACUCAUCGUCUGGCUGCACCACGACCUCGUUAUCCUCAACGAGCUCCUGGCCACCUGGGUAGUCUCCCUACACGACUUCACCGCCAGUUCCACUGAUGAGCACGGAGUCGGUGUCGAGUUCGUUCGCGUUCUUCCCGAGACACAUCCCCCGACCUUGUCAAACAUCUUCUGCGAGUGCGAUUCGAAGGACGAUGUGACUAUCACGUGCGAUUGCGAAGCCACUCCGGCUUUGCAGUUAAAGGCCUUUCGGCAACGAGGCGACAAGGUGGAAGUUAAUCACUAUCGAGUGAACGUCAAUCGCUUUCGCGCUCGACUCAACGUCGUCUGCAUCACCGAGAAGCUACUCAUCGACCUGAAGUGCGACGGCUGGCCGGAGGUGAAGAUAUCCCUGGCAGCGGUGGGCACAAUAAAGAAAGACUUGGACGAGAGCCAAUUGCAAGAGGUGGUAACGGAAAUUGUGGCGGGUGCCUUGCGAGGCACCAGCGUUCACCUCAAUCUCUCCCAAUAUCCCACAUGUCCCCGAUUAUGGAGAGAGCCACCUCCUCAGCCGGGGUUCAGCUCGUAUCCCACGCAUUACGACAACAUGAACAUCUCCAACUCGAUGAUGUACCAACCCUCGCAACAACGUCUUCAGGGACAUUUGGCUCCCUCGCCGGCGUCCAUGCAAUACAUGCCCGGCGAAAGGCGACUGCUCGUGAAAGUUGUGAGGGCGAUGGACCUGGGUGGCCAACAAGGAGCCGUGAAUCCUUAUUGUGUAGUGGAGUUGGAUGAACCGCCGCAGAAGAACCAGACCUCUAUCAAGAAAGACACCAAGAAUCCCCUGUGGGACGAAGCGUUCUUAUUCGAUAUUAGUCACAACACGACCGAAGUGUUGCUAGAAGUGUUCGAUCACGUCAACAGAAGCCAAAGAUUUUUGGGACUCGGAAUUGUAGGGGUCGAGGAGCUUCUCGCAAAUCCGAGCCAGAGGCAAAUCAUACCUCUUCAGGCACGACCGUACGAAGAGGAGGACAUUACAGGCACCCUCACUGUGGAGUUUUUGUUUAUCGAGGGUGCGGAGGUGCCACAAAUCGGGACCAAGCCCUACAAGGUGAAGGAGACGAUAAAGCCGGUCUCACCUACCCGUUCCUACAGCCAGACGAACGUCAUCAGCAACAAUAGUCUAAACUACAACAAUGACUAUCUGACAAACGGUAACGUCGUGGAUGCACCAUACAAAAGCGGACAGACAAACGGUAAUAAGGGAACCUUGAUUGUUCACAGCCACCAGAGGCAACUGGAGCGGCAAGUUGUCAAGGUCGCUCUGACGCAGAAUGGAAACUGGCAAGAGAUAUCCCCGGAGCACGGAACGAAGGACGUCAGCGCUACCUCAGGACCAGAAAGCACGCCUAAUUCCUCGAAUUCAGAAGAGAGAGGAAGAACACGAAGGAAACGACGCGACUUCUUCGGCACCAUAAAGAAACGAUUGAGCCGAUCUAAGACGAGAAGCAGAUCGGUAGGUCCCGAAGGAGAGAUCAAUCACGAAGAUGCUCAUUCGAGAUCCAUAUCUGCCGAUAGAGCUCGCGAUCCUGGUUCCGUGCAUUUAUCGGUACCAGAGCAAUCGCGACGAUCGAGUUUGAGUGAAGCAUCGGGCAUAAGUGGAACAUCCACGAGAACAUACAUUAACGAAGCCUCCACGUUGGUUCUCGAAACUUUAGAGAACGGCAUAAAGAAGCACUACCUCGUACCCCUUUCCCUCGCUCAGAAAAGUAAAUGGAGGAAAAAGGGCACAAAGUUGCAUAUAUUUAGCGAUCACACGUUUAUCGCCAAACAUAUGUCCGGAGGAACAGUUUGCGAGGUUUGUAAGAGAACUCUCGCGCGAAGACUUGGCAAGCAGGGUUACGAGUGCAGGGACUGUCAGAUGAAGUGUCACAAGCACUGUCACGUGAAAGUCGACAUAACAUGCGCUACGUCUACCAUCCAGAGCAUUGAGUUGUCGUGCAUCAAAGUUCCACCGCUCGAACGAAGACCAUCCACGCUCCUCUGUUCGCGAUAGAAUAUUUGGGCGAUACUUCGAAUAAGCGAAAAAUUCAUUUUGUAACGCAAACGACAACGAUCGCUUAAAAAAAACCGAUAAUCUUCAUUUGUUAACAGUUUCACGUUUCACGUUCUCAGUUCUUCCAUUUUCUUGACACGAAAUUUAUAUAUUUUACGUACUAGUUGAUAUUUUUUUUGCGAAAAGAUGAGACGGAAAGUUUGCAUCAAAAGAUUAUUAUAUUCCCGUUAACACAUCCCAGGUAGCAAGCUGACGUCAUUAAACGUCAAAAUGACACCAUCAACGU